AUGGGGAUAGUGACCGAUAUUUCUUGUCAUAUCCUGUAUAAAAGUGGCAACCGCUCAGAUGCCCAUCUCCUCAUAUAUGUCGUCUUCAACAAUUUGUCUUCACCAACCCACCAUUCCCCCAUUCCAGACACUUCAUCUUCACUGGUUCCUACAUCUUCAUCGCUCAUCACCAGCUUGGGAAAGAAUCUAGGGUUUGGGAUGACAACAAAAUCAGAGAGGUUUUCUUCUGAUUUUGUGAUGGGAGGUGCAGCAGCCAUCAUAUCAAAAAGUGCAGCAGCACCAAUUGAGAGAGUGAAGCUUUUACUACAAAAUCAAGGAGAGUUAUUGAAGAGAGGUCAACUCAAAAAACCAUAUACAGGGGUUGGUCAAUGCUUUAAAAGGGUGUUUAAAGAAGAAGGCUUUUUCUCAUUUUGGAGGGGUAAUCAAGUCAAUGUUAUUCGAUAUUUCCCAACUCAGGCUUUCAAUUUUGCAUUCAAAGGUUACUUCAAAAGUGUAUUUGGAAGGUCAAAAGAGAGAGAUGGAUAUAUGAAGUGGUUUAUUGGGAAUGUUGCUUCAGGAAGUGCUGCAGGAGCCACCACUUCAUUGUUUCUGUAUCAUUUGGAUUAUGCAAGAACUCGAUUAGCAACCGAUUCAUCAGGCAUUUCAAGAAAUCAUAAACACCAAUUUAAUGGACUUUUUGAUGUUUAUAACAAGACCCUUGCAACUGAUGGAAUUAGGGGCUUAUAUCGUGGAUUUGGGAUUUCAAUUGUGGGAAUUACUCUUUAUAGAGGGAUGUAUUUUGGUUUAUAUGACAGCUUGAAACCUGUUGUCUUAAUUGGAUCAUUUCAGGACAAUUUUAUCGCAAGUUUUUUCUUGGGUUGGAGUGUGACAACGUUUUCUGGUGUUUGUGCUUAUCCAUUUGACACAGUGAGGCGAAGAAUGAUGUUGACUUCUGGUCAACCCUCAAAAUAUCAUCAUGCUAUUCAUGCAAUAAAUGAGAUCAUUCGAUUGGAGGGUUUCUUGGCUUUAUAUAGAGGAGUUACUGCAAACAUGCUUGUUGGUGUAGCUGGGGCUGGAGUUCUUGCAGGAUAUGAUAAAUUGUAUCGAAUUACAUACAAAAGUAGCCAUAAUUUGGAGCAUCAAAAAGUCUUGUAGUUAAAAACUCGAAAAAAUGGAGAUGAUUUUGGCUUAAUUCUACAUGGAUUUGCUAAAAAGAAAGAAAUUGAAAUGGUGUUGGAAGGAGAAAGGUCAUGGAUUUGAUAUAUGUAUAGCUUGAUAUGUAAUGGGUGCGAUUCAUUUGUGACACCUUCAAUUAAUUUUGUUGAUUUUUGUUAUGAAA